CUUUCAACCACCCAAUUAAACGUUUCCACUCAUGGUCGGCAUCAAGAUCAUCGACCAUCUGCCAGAAAACAGAACAUGUUGAUCAACUCGGAGUUCAGAUUUUUUCAUUCCCAACCUUGAUCCUCUUCCAUGCCUACUUCAGAAAUAGACGACAUUUUUGCUGCCAAAGGAAAGGCAAAAGCCAUAGAACUCGCUCCCCUUCCAUCCGUCAAGAAGGAGAAAAAGAAGAAAAGAAAAGACAGACCUUCCACCAAAGACGAAACAAGGGAGAUCAGUCAAUCUUCAGGCUCAAAAACACUGAAACAACGAUCACUUCCCGAGACCGUUGUAGAUCCAUCGUUCAAAUCUUUCAGCAGUAGUAAACGUUUAAAGUUGGAUGCCCCAGUUUCUUCACAGCGUGAAAAGGUUUAUCAUGAGACGCACAAAAGGGACGAAGACCGUUUCAAGGAUUCGAGGGGUUCUGGACCUAGACGAAAAACUGACGAUGGUUUAAACAUAUACAAGGAAGAUGAACUGGGUAUAUCCAAUGACGGAGGAGACACACCGCUGUGUCCUUUCGAUUGCGAAUGUUGUUUUUGAACGCUAGUUGCUCUAUUUGUACCUUUACAUGCAAGAAGAUACUCGUGAAUUCACCAAGCUACCCGAUGCAAGUCUGCGAUAUGGUAGGACUGCACCUAGCUUUUUCGAGUCUUGGCCAUUUUCCGCUUUCGUUGGAAAAACUUGCAUCGUCGCUUUGCGUUCCCACAUCCAUUUACGGUAUUUAUUCCAGGUUAGUGUCUCUCACGUCGCUUACUUUUGCCUCUAUUUUUCUCUCCAUGUCAUAAUUACCAAUCUGACAGCAGCACAGUGGAACACAACUGUCCUGCACAUUGCUACCGGCUCUUUCGAAGCCUCCCAGUUAACCUUCCGAGGUCAUGAUCUGAGGGGGUCAAUCUGUAGCCAAAAAUGAUCGUUACAUCCCUCUUCUGCAUUCUCCGAUUCAUUUGAUAUCUGAGAUAGCGCUUGUAUUAAUUUACUGAGGGUCACAUCGUCAUGUAAAAAUCAUAUCAUUGAGACGUCCUAUAAA